CCUGGGCCUGCUCGGUGUUCGACCGCCCGUCCUGCGUCGCCGCUGCUCUCUGCUCUGGAUUCCGCCGUCAUGUCGACCGCAAUGAACUUCGGGACCAAAAGCUUCCAACCGCGGCCACCAGACAAAGGCAGCUUCCCGCUGGACCAUUUCGGUGAAUGUAAAAGCUUUAAAGAAAAAUUCAUGAAGUGUCUCCGUGACAAGAAUUAUGAAAACGCUUUGUGCAGAAAUGAAUCUAAAGAGUAUUUAAUGUGCAGGAUGCAAAGGCAGCUGAUGGCACCGGAACCGCUGGAGAAGCUGGGCUUUAGCGACAUAAUGGAUGGGGAGCCGGAGGCGAAGGACAAAUGCUGAGAAGAGAAGCACAGGACCACGUCCCCGCUGCCUGGAGCAGCACGGAGCCCCUUUGCCCACAGGGCAGGGAGACCUGAGACUCACCUGUGCCGCCCAGCGAGAGCCUCUCUGUGGGGACUCGGGGACAUGGCUCAGCCCUGAAGCAUGCUAGGUGCGUCCUCUGUUGGCCUCCGUUUUGUUCUUCCCGUCUGUGUAUGUCACAGGACUCCCUCGGCUGACCACCGGUGUGAUUUGAUGUCUCGCCAAGUGUGGCCCUCACCACAGAGCGCUGGACAGCUUUCCGAACUGACUCAGCCUGCCACGGACCUGGGCCUCACAUCAGAACCCGUCAGUGAAAGCAGCGACAGCAAAUGUCCGCCUUUUGUGCUCACAGCUGCACACCAGCUCGCUUUCCUUUCUCUGGGUUCUUUUCUUUGCACAAAACCAGAAUACAAAGCAGGAAGUGAGAAACGCUUUGGCUUUUGACAUAUCUGACCUCUUGUUUUAAGUGGUUUGAGACAGGGUCUCCUAUUGCCCAGGCUGGCCUCAACCUCCCUGUGUAGCCAAGGGUGGCCCUUCUGUGUCCAGGUCAGGAGUGCUGGGGUUACAGGUGUCUACCACACCUGCCUCUCGUGAUGCUGAGGGUGGACCCGGGGCUCCUGCUUGGGAGGCAAGCACUAACACCUCAUCUGUGUCCCAGCACAGUUUCCUGCUUUUAAAUUACGUUUUAUUUAUUUGCUUAGGGGAGCGCUGUGUCUCAGUGUGUGAGUGUCUCAGGACUGAACUCAGUCACCCCGAGCUCCGUAGGUCUCACCAGCUCAGCUUCAUCUCUGCUCUAGCCGCAGAUGUCUUUGUGCUGACGGUUGUUUUCUGCUUGUUCCAAGCUGCUGUUUUAGAAAGCAGCGUUUCCUUUCAGUAACCCGCCUGCUCGCCUCCACAGGGCGGUCAGCAGGAGCUGGGCUAGUGCCCAUCACUUGCCCACCUCUGCGCCAUGGUACAGUCUCAUCAUGUUUCUGUGUCUGCGGACGCUGGCUUAGACCCCGCCGUGCUGGGCGGUGAGCGUGUGGUGUGAGCGAUAAGCAGUGCCAGGCCGUGGGACUUAGCUCAGGCUGCCCUCAGAGUUGCUGUGGCUGUCGGAAACAUCCGAUGCCUUCCUGCUGAGGCAGGUGACUGGGAGCUUGUGCUGUGUGCAGGGAUCCACAGACACCAGUAGAAUGCCAGUGCCAGGCGCCUCCAGGCUCGUGUGCCCUCAUGUUCGUGUCUUCCUGGAGCUGUUGGAGGGCAGCUGUCCCAGAGUGCUUGUCCAUCUGACCAGUGAAGGAUGGCGAAAGAUAGGGAGGGCAGGGUGGCAGCCAGGCGUGGUGGCACACACACAUCGUUAGCACGCGAGAGGCCGAAGCAGGGGGAUCUCCGGGAGGUUGAGACCUGGUCUACAGUGCCAGUUCCCGGACAGCCAGGGCCACAUAGAGAGACCCUGUCUCGGGGGGGGGGUGGAGAGAGAGAGCAGAGGACUCGGCAUGUUUUCACUGGUCUUGGCAGCACCCCUGGUGUUGCCAGGCUGCUGCAGGCUCUGCCGAUCCCCCGGGGGACACUUUACCCUUGCCCCAGUGGAUGUGACUGGCUGAGAGCCCUAUUUUCUGUUACAACCACGGGCAGACCCAAAGUCAAGCACCCCCAGGCUCUGCCUGUUUGCACACACCUAGCCGGGCCACGCAGAGCAGGGCAGCGCCCGCCGCUCACACACAGCACACUGCACAGUUGAUGUGCCUCACCCGUGGGCCUCGGUGUCCUCGCCCAACAGCGCUGUCACCACAGCGCUGCUCAGAACUGCAGUGCUCCGGCAGCCAAGCUCACUCGCUGGAGUGCAAGCUGCAUGGCAAGCACUCUGGUGCCUGAGCCAUCUCCUCAGCCAUCUUGUUUUCUCUACUGAGAGAGGGUCUCGCUUUGUAGCCAAGGCUGGCCUUGAACUCCAUCUCAUCCUUCCAUCUCAGCCGAGACGUCACAGCAUAGCAACGCCACAGGUUUGGGGGCUGCAGUUGGAGGAUACUUGGUUCCUUCCUGGAAUGUUGACGAUUAUAUUUUAUAACAAGUGUGCAUCAUUUUUAUAGAAACUAUAAAAUCCUUACUGGAAGGGACCGCA